CUUAUUAUAAAAGGGGGACAUGGAUCAUGUAAUUGUUGCAUUUUCUGAAAGUAGCACCGAUAGAGAAUGGAGUUCAGCAGGCUCUACCAAGCAGCAGAGAGAGGAGACGUAAAUUCAUUGCAUGAAUUGCAUGUACAAGAUCCAGCAAUUCUGGAUAGAGUCAUGGCCGCUUAUGUUCCUGAGACUCCUUUGCACACAGCAGCAUUGCUUGGUCACAUUUCUUUCGCUCAGGAGCUUCUCAGUCGAAAGCCGGAACUCGUUCGUGUGAGGAACUGGCAAGGAUUUUCACCUUUGCACUUAGCGUCAGCUAAAGGGGACGUUGAUAUGGUAAAACAGCUCUUACCGUUGGUCGAUAUUUCACAUGAUCAGGAUCAUGAAGGGAGGACUCCUCUCCAUGCAGCUGCAAUGAAAGGGCAAGUGGAGGUGUUGAGCGAGUUAGUUGGAAAGAACCCUAACUCAGUUUGGGACUUGACAGUUCGACAAGAGACGGUGCUGCACCUAUGUGUGAAACAUGAUCAGUUCGACGCCCUGCAGAUGUUAGUGGGAUUGGUUGGUGUUGAUGCUGAUCACUUCACAAAUUUUGGAGAUGGAGACGGCAACACCAUUCUCCACUUAUCUACAGCUAAGAAGCAUCUAGUGAUGAUGCGAUUCUUGAACAAUAAGACGAAUGUGGACGUAAACGCCACGAACCAUAACGGUCUCACAGCCUUGGAUGUCUUAGCACUUUGUCCACGUGAGCCAGGAGACAUGGAGAUCGCAGAUAUACUCCGAGGAAAUGGAGGUAAAAGAGCCCGGGAAGUGUCCACACCACAGGAAAUAAUCGUCCUUCCACACAAUCAGAUUCCAGAAGGUAGUACAAGAUCAUCACCACCAUCUUUACCACAGCAACACAAACCACAAAUCCCUGAUACUCCAAGUGUGAAGUCAGUAGGCAAGAUUCAGACUGUGAUUUUAUUGGCGGCCACACUAAUUGCGACGGUUUCCUUUGAAGCUGCACUCACCCCUCCCGGCGGUCUUUGGCAGGAAGACUUGAUUGUAUACUCCAACGACAGCUUAUAUCGGAAAAAUCACACGGCGGGGACUUCCAUUCCCGCUGAUAAGGAACCUAGGAAGUUCAAUACAUUCCAGUCUUGCAACAUUGUUGCCUUUGUCCUCUCCCUGAUGCUGAUCCUAUUAAGCAUAUUGCCGGAAAAAUUCAGAAGUCACAGGAAGAUGAUUUGCAUCAUGGUCAAUGUCUUUUUCAUUGCUGUCCUGUCAAUGGCAUGUGCAUUUUAUUGUUGCAUCAAGGUUUACAUGCCUAACGGAUUUAAGCUUGAUUUUGAGGAUAUGCUGUCUUGGUUACUCUUUCUUGGAUUUUAUAUCGUGUUGCUUAUUGUUAAUCUUCUUUAUCCUGUAUGGUUUUUGGUACUGCCGGUCAUGCAAUGGAUCAAGCGUCAGCUGAAACUUUUUGAGUGGACGACAACCAGCCAGAGCUAGCGGCAGCAAUAUUGAGAUGGAGACUGCUAGAUAAGGUUCUUGAAUCAUGUGCAUACAAUCCAACAUAUUCGAUGGUGAUAUGGAGAUUUGCUCUGUUGUUUGGUAUUUAGGCUCUACGGUACUGAAAGGAAUUAUCAAUGCUUUCGGAAUUGAAGUGGGUCAGUUUCCAAGUUUAGAAGAUCUAAGUUGGAUGUUAUGGUGUGAGGGUUUUUUUUUUUUUUUGCGAUGGUGUGGGCCUCAUGUUUAUAAUCCUCAGCGUCUUGUAAUCUUUUCCUUCUGUAUUGGACGUUUUUUUUUUUUU